CCCCACUUCCUCUAUUUAUUAUAGAGAAAGCCCAACUCCAUCUUCACUCAUCACUUCCAUUAUUUUCUCAAACAACACACACACAUAUAUAUAUGGUUGUGAUAUCUCAAAAUCCAACCAUGAAAAUGGAGAAAAUACGAGACGACAUUGAGCUUCCAAUCAUAAACCUCUGCAACCGAUCAGAAGCGAUGAAAGAGAUGGUGAAAGCCUGUGAAGAAUAUGGUUUCUUCAAAGUGAUCAACCAUGGCGUGCCGCAGGGGAUAAUUUCUCAGGUGGAAGAAGAAGCCCGCGGCUUCUUCGCCAAGCCCGGGCCUGAAAAGAUGCGGGCUGGGCCCCCCUAUGGCUGCAAGAACAUAGGCUUGCAGGGCGACGUCGGAGAAGUCGAAUAUCUCAUUCUCCAAACCAACUCCCCCUUCAUAAUUCCUACCGAUGAAUCCAAUAAAUUCAGGUCAGCAAUAAAUGCGUACGUGGAAGCAGUGAGGAAGCUGGCAUGUGAUAUAUUGGAUCUAUUGGUGGAAGGAGUGUGCGGGUCGGAGGGUGGAUCGGCGUUGAGUAGGCUAAUGAGAGACAGUGAGAAUGACUCAAUCCUAAGGUUGAAUCACUACCCGGCGGGCGAGGUGAGCAAGAUCGGGUUUGGCGAGCACACUGACCCUCAGAUCAUCACCCUUCUCCGAUCCAACGGUGUGGAGGGCCUCCAGAUCUCCGUCCAGGACGGCCUGUGGGUCCCGGUCAACCCCUACCCGGACUCUGCCUUCUGCGUCAAUGUGGGCGACAUCUUACAGGUAAUGACGAAUGGAAGGUUUGUGAGCGUGAAGCACAGAGUGGCGGUGCAAGCAUACGAAUCAAGAAUGUCGAUUGCGUACUUCGUUGCUCCGGCGCUGCAUGCGACGGUGAGCUGCCUUCCGGGGCUGGGGCUGCCGCUCUACAGAAGCUUCACUUGGGGUGAAUACAAGCAAGCUGUUUAUACAGGCAGGCUAGCCGAUACCCGCCUCAAUCUCUUUGCAUUGCCCUCUCAUCACAAUAAUUAAUACACUUUCAUCCCUUUUUAUUUAUACUAGUAUAAUCUUUAUCUCUUUCUCUCUUUCUGGGUGUGUGUGAGAGAGAGACAGAGUGAUUAUUCAGGGAAUUGGACGUUGUGUUGAAAGGCUUUGGUGGAGACCUUUUUUAUUAUUUUUCACUUUCUUAUUGUUUUAUUGUCAUUUAUAAAUCAAAUUAUUCCAGUAACAGAAUAUAGAUCUUUUAUUUUAUUUUU